AUGAUACCAUUGUUGAUGACUUUUGCAACCACCUCAACUGCAUCACUGAUACCGAAUCACAGUAUUUCAUCAAUACUGAAUCGUUCUGUCACCGCAACACUUGCUUUGCCAAUCCAUCCGAACCCUGUCUUGUAUCAGACUGCCGCUGGUGCAAGUAAAAAGACCGAAGCUAAAAAGAAGGACAAAAUCAUUGAGGAUGAAACGUUCGGUUUGAAAAAUAAGAAAGGUGCAAAAACACAAAAGUUCGUCCAACAAGUAGGAAAGCAAGUGAAAAGUGGUGAGCAGCAUCCACUGCUCCCAACCAGUAAAAAAGAUGAGAUGGAGAAGAAAUUGCAAGAGCAAAAGGAAAUGAACGCCUUGUUUAGUCUUUACAGACCGGUUCAAACACAAAAUGUCAAAAAAGGUACUGAUCCAAAGUCAGUGGUGUGUACCUUUUUCAAAGAUGCUAAUUGUGGAAAGGGUGGAAAAUGUAAAUACUCGCAUGACUUGAGCGUGGAACGUAAUUGGGGUGGUGAUAGUAGUGAUUUCGGUGAUUCGGCGAUGACAGAUCAAAACGCAAAAGAUCAGUCAAAGCGGCCCAAGCUAAACUUUCCUCCGUCCAGUGAAUUUUCGGGCAAUCAAGGCUAUGCAUCAACCCAUGAAAAUUCAACGCCCAACGACAUUCUUGCCCCCCACACAAACUAUCAAAAGUUCGAUAUUGAAUGCAAUAAUGCAGCGUCCAGCUCUUGCACAAAUAAUUUAUCAAACCAAACGAAUACGUAUCAGUAUACACAGCCACAGUCGUACAAUCAUCAACCGCAACAGCAACAGCCUCAAAGUGCAUUUGAUCCGAUCGAUUCGACCAAUUAUUUCCAAGCGCCAGUGUCGUUACCCAGCUACAAAUCAUCACAUUCCAAUGAAAUUAUGUCAAAAAAUCACAGAGCGAGUUCACGGCAAUCAUUUUUGCAUCCUUUUAAGAACCACCAUCACCAAAUUAUUUGCAAGUACUUUUUGUAUGCUGUAGAAAAAUCGAAAUACGGAUGUUUGGCGUGGAAAAAGCGAAAAAUCCAAGAAAAGAAAGAUUUACAAGCUAAGGAAGAAGAACAGAAACGAAAAGACUACAAAUCUGGCAAACAAUUCGGUUUCUCCGGUCGUGAAAUGUUCAGCUUCAAAACUCCAAUCAAUAAAAUCGAUAUCAUUUUAUCAAAUGUUAAACUCUAGCAAUUUCAAUGGAGUAUUUAGUUUUAUUCGGAUUAUUUGAUUGCGAUUUAGUUUAAAAUUUUCAACUGUUUUAAAUCGGUUUUAAAUGAUAUUUUGUUGUACUGAAUACAUGCACAUAUGACUCCC